UGCAUCACCCUCUCUGAUCCAUCAGAAUAAAAACCUUUUAACCCUAAUCUCCGCCGGCAUCAGAACCCUAAAAUCUACAGAGGCGAAAGAUGGGACGCGUCCGCACGAAGACGGUGAAGAAAUCCUCCCGCCAGGUGAUCGAGAAGUACUACUCGCGCAUGACGCUCGAUUUCCACACGAACAAGAAGAUCCUCGAGGAAGUCGCGAUCAUCCCUUCGAAGCGGCUCCGCAACAAGAUCGCCGGAUUCUCCACUCAUCUCAUGAGGAGGAUCCAGAAGGGACCCGUCCGCGGGAUCUCCCUCAAGCUCCAGGAGGAGGAGCGCGAGCGCCGCAUGGACUUUGUUCCCGACGAGUCCGCCAUUAAAACCGAUCGCAUCGAGGUCGAUAAGGAGACGCUGGACAUGCUUGCCUCGUUGGGGAUGGUAGACAUGCCAGGUGUCGUCAAGGUGGAGCCAGUCUCGGCUGCUCCUAUCGCAGGCUUUGGCCGUGGAAGGAGGUUCUAGAAGAAUCAUUUCGUAUGUGUUUGUUUUUGCUGAACUUUGAAUGUUCUUAUAAAGCUUUAAUGUUAUACGUUUCAUAACAGUUGGUGAAUGCUUCGGUAGAUCAUCUGUUAUUCGUUGGACUAUAUAUGCUGCUUUGUGAUACAUAAUCUAUCUGCACACAGACAUUGUGGAUGCAUUA